GCUGCCUUUGAUUUACACACAAAAUCUGUCAUUGUGUAGCCUCCACGAUUUGCCGCGCAUGAUCUGGUUUUUCAGCUCUCUAUUUUUCUCUUUCUUUCAUUGUGAGAGUGUGUUUAUAGUGUUUUGAUAUAUUCUUUCAUUGAAUCUGUGUGAGUGAAUCAUCAUGAGUGGAUGUGGAGUUAUACUGUUAUGGUCUUUUGAUUUUUUUGUUUGAGUUUUGAAUCUUUGAGACCGAGUGUGUGUGGGGUUAUAGUGUUCUUCUGAUUUUUGUAGUUGACUAGUUGAUUUUUGAGUCGCCGAGUGAGUCUGACCGUGUGUGGGGGCUUGUAGGGGUUAAUGGGUUAUAGUGUUUUGAGUUUUUUUUUUUUUGGAAGCCAUAGCAUUUUGAGUUUCUUUACUGGUACUGUAAGUGUGUGGAUUGAUUUGAUAUAGAGUUAUGAGCUACUUUUGCACUUUGACAAUUGUAGAAUUUCAUUUUUUUUUUUUUUUUAAAUUGAUAUAUUCAAGUCUCUUUUGUUUUAGGUUUUAUAUAAUUGAUGUUUCUUAUUAACCCCCUAUACAAAAAUCCUAGAGCUGCCCUUGGCAGGAUGUAAAAGUUUAGUGGAGCUAAGUAUACAUGCAUUCCCAUAAUUUAGAAGGGCAAAUGUAAUAUGAGGCAUCGAUUAGGAUGAUAAAUGAUAAUUUCUCCUUAUUUAUUUGGGUUUAUAAAGAAAAUAAAAUUUUUUGUGACUUUAGAUCUAUUAUUUGAGAAAGUAAAAAUAGCUUUUUUUUUCUUGUUACAAUUUUUUCACGUGAUGCAACUGUUGAGUCGGCUAUCAAAAUAUUAAGGAUGAAUGGACAAUGGCAUUCCCUAAAACUACUGUGUUUCACCUUUUUGUUGUUGCUUCCAACCUCAGUGCUAUCUAGCUGCACACUUCUGGGGCCUGGUUCUCCUUCCACGAACCUCUCAAAUUUCAGACUUUGUUGACUGGCAAUUCAUCUUAUGAAAAAUUGGUGAAGAAUGCUCAGAGGCGGCUUAAAUGCUUCUUCAAACAGUUUUUGGCUUUCCUUGACAUAUAUCAAAUGGGACCCUCCCUAGAGGGUGUUUGUGCUUUCAUUGUGACCAAAGAUUAGAAACCAUUCUCUAUUCACUCUCCAAGCCUGCAAUUAACUCCAGUAAACCAAGUGUUGGAAAGACCCGUCUCAAGGAAAAAGGCAUGUUUACUGAUGAAUAUUUGUAUUGGUUCACAAGUAGAGGGAUAUUGCUCCAUUGGAUGUGAAUGGUGAUGUUGGGGUCUCAGACAAAGAUUGUGAGUCGGAAGUGACGGUGUGGAUGGACAGUUUCUCAAAGUUUCAUAUAGAUGCUGUGGUGAACGGAAUGACGGCGGAGGCAUGGCGCUUUGCCGGUUUUUAUGGUGAACCAAAUACAAACUAUAGGGAGGAAGCUUGGAGUAUGUUACGGAUGUUACGGUCCAAACCGCACUUGCCAUGGUGUUGUAUGGGCGACUUUAAUGAAAUACUCUGGACGGAAGAAAAGAGAGGAGGUAGAAUCAGAGCACAUGACCAGAUGCAAGCUUUCCGGGAUGUGCUAGAUGAUUGUGGUUUUGUGGAUCUUGGCUUCACUGGACCUGAGUUUACUUGGCACAGUAGAAGGUAUGGUCACCUAAUAUGGGAACGGUUAGACAGGGGAGUAGCCAACUAUGAUUGGUUAGCAAAAUUCCCGGCUGCUUUAGUUCGCCAUCUCCAUUGCUUCUCAUCAGAUCAUCGUCCCAUUAAGCUGGUUUUUGAUCCCAAUAGCGAGUCACAACGUUGGUUUCGGCGACCUUUCCGUUUUGAAGAGAUGUGGUUGGCUGACAGGUUAUGCAGUGACACUGUCCUAAGAGCCUGGGAAAUUCAACAAGAAGGCAAUCCCAUGUUUAAGGUGUCAAAGAAGCUCAAGAAGUGUAAAAAGAUGCUCAAGUCAUGGAGCAAAGAUCACUUUGGUAGUGUAAAGAGACAAUUAGCCAAGACAAAGGAGUUAUUAUGGAAAGCUGAAGAGGAAGCAGCCAACGGUGGAAAUUAUGGGAAUGUGAUCCAUCUUAGAAGGGAACUUAAUAUUUUGUUGGAGAAAGAAAGUAAAAUGUGGAGGCAGAGAGCUAGAACAUAGUGGGUGGCAAAGGGAGAUAAAAACACUAAAUACUUUCAUGGAGUGGCAACCCAAAGGAAAAGAAGGAACUUCAUUAAAGGAAUAAAAGAUUCUGAAGGUACUUGGCAGACUGAUGAAGGUGUUGUUUCGAGCAUUUUUGUGGAGUUUUUUACUAGAUUGUUCACCCAGUCACAGCCUCAUGAUCUUAACCGAGUCCUUGAAGGAGUUAAGAGGGUGGUCUCUGCAGAAAUGAAUGCUGAGUUGGUGAGGCCGUACACCAUGGAAGAAAUUGACACAGCCAUUAAACAAAUGGCUCCCUUGAAGGCCCCGGGUCCUGACGGAAUGCCGCCUCUUUUUUACCAAACCUUUUGGCAACAUAUUGGU